CAACAUACAAAGCAACAAUGAAUAUAUUUAACAUCCUGCUGCCUAUUGUUGUACUGCUGCUUGUUUUUGGAUUAACUGCUGCUAUACCAGAUGAAAAAGGGCUGAUCUUUAAUUUGGACAAUGGUGAGCUCUGCCUACAAACUGCACAAUGCAAGAGUGGCUGCUGCCACAGAAAUAGUGGGGUGAGUUUGGCACGCUGUGCCCCCAAAGCCGCAGAGACCCAGAAAUGUUCUCCACUGCACAUAUAUGGGACAUAUUACUUCUGUCCUUGUGAGAGUGGAUUGACCUGUGAAGUGGACAGAUCCAUUGUGGGCAGUAUUACUAACACAGACUAUGGAUAUUGUGAGGACCAGAACAACACUACAAUAUAAUAGCUUCUUUACCAUAAUCUUCUUCAGUAACAUGUCUAAACCAUAUUGCAUUGACAUCAGUGAACAUAGUACAUACAAAGUAGUAAACACAGUGUUGCUUUCUCUACAAAUGAAUAUACAAAGUAAAAUUCCAUUUGCAAAAU